AUGCCACGAAUACUUAAACUUGCUGCAGCACAAAUGGGCCCGGUGCACCUGACUUCCACCCGAUCAGAAGUACUCACGCGUCUCCUCGUGCUCCUCCGAGAAGCUUCAACCCUCGGCGCCCAGCUCGUCCUCUUCCCCGAGACAGCACUGACAACAUUCUUCCCCCGUCACCUGAUAACCUCGCCUACAGAAUUAUCAAAGUACUUCGACUCCACCUCCACACUGCUCACCUCGCCUAACACCGCACCCCUUUUCGAUCUCGCUAAAGAGCUCAGCAUCGACAUCAGCAUCGGUUUUGCAGAAUGGGACGAAUCGGCUGCUGCUGGUUGUACUCACGGCGAGAACGUAAAGGGGUAUAACACUUCCGUGUACUAUUCAGCAAAGAAGGGCGAGAUAGUAGCCAAGUACAGAAAAGUCCACCUCCCCGGCACUGUCGAACCAUUUUCCAACCCCGACGCCGUAAACCAGCUCGAGAAACGGUAUUUCGCCCCAGGAAACCUAGGCUUCCAAGCCUUCCGCGCUCCGGACCUUGUUAAGGGAGUACUGAAGAAAGGAGGGCAUGGUGUGGAAGCUACGGAGGAUAUCAAGGGGAGGGGCGACCCGAUUUUGGGUAUGAUGAUCUGUAAUGAUCGGAGGUGGGUGGAGGGGUGGAGAUGUUACGGGUUGCAGGGCGUGGAGCUCGUAUUGUGUGGGUAUAACACUGCUGGUUUUGCGCCGGAUCUAUGGGGCACGAGAAAGCCCAUGACACCUGAGGAGGCGGAGACGGAUGCCGUAUUCCACCAUAAACUGUGCAUGCAGGGUAAUUCGUAUAUGAAUAGUUGCUUUUCUGUCAGUGCGGCGAAGGCGGGCUUGGAGGAUGGGAAAUAUGAUUUGAUUGGGGGGAGUUGUAUCACGUCGCCGGAGGGACAUGUUUUGGCGGAGGCGAAGACAAAGGGUGAUGAGAUUGUGUUUGCGGAGAUUGAUUUGGAGGACUGUAGGCAGGGGAUGGAGAAGACUUUUGAUUUUGGGAGGCAUAGGAGGAUUGAGCAGUAUGGGUUAAUCACGACGCAGACGGGUGUUGUGGAGCCGGAGCUCUUGGUAUAG